ACUGAAGAUGUAGAGGAUUUGAAAGAUGCAUCCCAGCUCUCCAGGUGACCUUGGGUAGGCCCUUGCUCAAAGUCAGCUUUCUAUUUUGAAAAAUGCAGCAGGCUGCUCGAGGAAGGUAACAUCACCAGGGCGCCUGGCCCAGAAAUGCCACACUGGAAGUAGCAGCUGAAUCCUGUCCCAUCAAGGCAGGUUAUAAAACGGCACCUGCAAGCUUCGUGAAACGCAUUCUUAGCUACUGGAGGCUCUGGGUCUAGCAAUGAAAAUUGCCUGCACAAGCAUCCUAAUUCUUAAAACAAACAAACAAACAAACAAACAGAACAUUUAAGCUGCUUUUCAAGCGGUAUUUGCACGAACACGGCAGGAACGCCUCUAGGGAGACUCCACCCUGCACUGACUGCCCAGGAGGCGCCCGAGGACGGUGCAAUGAGUCCAGCCAGGUCGGGCAGGAGGCGGGCGCCCCGGACACCCCACCCCCCAAGCCCGGAGCUGGUGUCCCGGCAACCGCCGAACGCGUCUUGGCAACAGAGGCGGCUGGCGGGGGCAGCGGGGUGGCUGUGGCUGUCGGCACCUGGCAUCAGGGCACCUGGCAGUGGUGCGUUGACCCGGGCGUGGCCCCUGGACAUCACCUGGGGACCCAAGCGGGCCGAGGGGUCUUUUUGUUUGUGUCUGCAUUGCUUCCAACGUUUCACAGCAACACGUGCGGAGAUGACACCACGGUCCCUGGAGACCUCCCAUGGAGCUGCCAGCUCCUCUUGCGGCGGAGAGCUGGAGAAGAUUCCAGAGUACAGGGACGCCGACAACACCAAGGAAAAGAGGAGAUACAGUGCCAACCAUGGUGAUUUCCUGCAAUUGAAGGAGAGCCAUUCCAGCACCCCUUCAUCUGGCAGGAAGGCUGGCCCCUCAUCUUGUGUUGAAGCAGAUCUGAGCGGCAGCGAGCCUCCAAGUCUCCGCAGAGUGGUUGCUCACCUAAAUAUUGCUGCAGCUUUGGAUGGGAAAUCCUCCUCCUCACUUUCUGACCACUCCUCUGAAGUCUCAUUGUCUGAGGGCCAGCAGGAUAACCCUCCUGAGGAAUUGAGCCUGCUCAAGUUGCAGACAAAGGAUGGGCAGCGUCCUGAAUGGACAUUCUACCCCAGGCUUAGCAGCAACAUCCACACCUACCACGUGGGAAAGCAGUGCCGGUUCAACGGUGUCUUCCUCGGCAACAGGAGGUCAUGCUCAGAGAGGAGAGUGGACAAGUGCCUGGGGAGAAAAAAAUAUGAUAUUGAUUCCAGAAAUGGAAUUCCCAAGUUGACUCCGGGGGAUAACCCAUACAUGUACCCAGAACAGAGUAAAGACUUCCACAAAGCAGGAUCAACUCUUCCACCAGUCAACUUUUCAAUAGUCCCUUAUGUAAAGAAAUUUGAUACCUUUAUUCCACUUGAGCCUCUUCCACAAUUUCCCAACUUGCCUUUUUGUGUGAAGGAGAAGGCCAACAAUCUGAAGAAUGAGAUAACAGAAGUUGAAGAGCUUGAUAACUGGCAGCCGGCGGUGUCCUUAGUCCACAGUGUGUUUCCUUCUGGUACUUCAGACUUUCCAAGAUAAUUCUGAGCUUCAGCAGGAACUACAGGGAUGUAUUGACCACACUUGGCUGGCCUCCUGCAAUCAAUGGUUUUUGACAGUUUGAUUAUUAGUAAUCAAAAGCUUGAUUCAGAUGAGGAA